GCCUAUAGCAAAAUCUAACAUUAUUGACAAUAAUUAUUCUCGUAAAUCUCAGCAAACAAGCGAUUGUUUCGAUAUUUCUAUGGAAUAAUUUGUGUCAUAAUUGCAUGUGCUCGAAUAUGGUUACAGUUUCUAAAAAAAAUAUUCAAUAUGUUAUUAGUCAGUUUAAGCUUCCAUUUCUGGAUUAUCUGUGUAAUUAAUGUACAAUUUUUGUUUCGCCAUUCAACAAAAACACAACAACAUACAUUUUUUACCUUAUAAAUGCAUUUCGGUUUACGUUCAAAACUGUUGACGAUACGAUCGCGUCGCAUAUAUCGGAAAUGAUGAAAGUCAUAUAUGCCAUAAAUAUCAAGCAUCGAACGUACGGGCGGAUGAAAUAAAUUUCAGUCUACAAUUAUAAUUAACAAUUACGAUGGAAUAGAAUCAAACAAAAGAAGUGAGCAGGUCGUUUAUUAGUUUUCAUUUUGUAUGUUUUUCUUUUGAUAUGGAUACAGUAGCACUCAAUUAAUUAAAAAAAAAACUCUCAUCGAUUUGGUGUUUCUUAUCCGGAAUUUGAUCAUUUUAACAUUUCAAUGAUGUUCAUGACCUUCGUGAAAGAUCCGCUGUUAUUUACUCUGCGCUCAUUCAAUUCGAAAAAGAAACGUUUCAUUUCACAAUCGAAUCAAGGUGAAUAGUGUCAGAUUGCGAAUAGGCAAACGCGGACAGAUUUUUUUUUUGUUUUCACUUUAGUAAGAUCUCGUCGACGAAGUAGGCAAUUAUAUUUCGCAAAUUGUGUGUCUUAAAUUAGACACAUUUUUGAGCUGCAAUUGCAACACAUUCGUUGCGUUUACACGACAAAAAAAAAAACAAAGGAAUCAGACAGAACAAUGCUCUUUGUUCUAUGAAAUCGAAUUUUUGCGGCAACGACGAAAAACACAAACCUGAAAUUUCUUGCGCAUUUAAAUAAUGUCGUAUGUCGCACACGGCAAAUAUAUUCUACCAGCCCUUACUGUUGUGGAUAAUAGCACUCAGAAUAAAUGAACUUGAUUCUCAACGUCUAUUUGAAAAACCAUGAGCCGUUGAAAAUUGCGUCUUAAAUUUACAUGUGAUUCUAUAAAUAGCGUACGAUUUGAAAAUAAAGCGCGGUGUAGAAGAGCAAACAGAGAAGAAAUGAAAGAAAAAAAAAUCGGCAAACAAAAAUCCACGUAUCGAUGGUCUGGUACCAACACUCGGCGCAAAAAAAAAAAAUCAAUGUCUGGCAUUUGUAGGUUCAUGAAUUCUCGGCUAAUACUACAAAAAGAGUGAUAAAUUCAUGGUGCGUUCAAGCAUGUUAUGUUAUUAAACCGCAUGCAUGCAUUCAUUCCAUUUCGAUUAUAGCGUCGAGGUGAAUCAUAUGUUCUCACUGGCCCGAGCCUUUUGUUGUUGAAUAAGCGCUUGUCUAUUGCAUGAUUUAACGUUAGUCACACACACACACACACACACACACACACACACACACACACACACACAUUUGUGGAGUGCAAUGUGCGAUUUGGUUCAACAUCGCACAUCUAUUAUGUAUGGCCUUAAUAAAUUAUUAUACAGCAGUGUCGAUUGAAUUGACAAUCGGACCACUGGUGUAUAAACGAGCGCACACACACGAAACCAAAACGAGCUGCAGAACAAAUAUUGGAAAAUUUACGAAAUGGAAAGCAAAAGCUGUCACAGUUCAUAUUACGCUCAAUUUGUUGUUUGGGAUUGUGCGUUUUUUUCUCUCUUUCAUUUUCAAUAAAUGAGCUUUACGUCAGACGCGAUCGUUCGUAUAGUUAAAAUGCGCCUUUUAUUUGUUUCAAUAGCUCACAAUGUAUAAUUUCGAUUCGUGUUAAAUUUUUAUACAUUUAUGAGAGAGAUAUUCAUUGGCGCUUCGCUUUUUUUGUUGAUGAUUUCUGUUUUUGUUUCAGCUCAUACUAAUUGCGCUGCGUACAUCUUUUUUCACAGUACAUAUACACAUAACAUUUUGUAACAAAGCCAAUUCAAUGGCUUUGAAAUUCAAAUCGAUUGGUGUGAUGCGUGCACUAGUAACAAUAAUGUUUUCUUUUUCUUCUGCAUCGCCCUUAAAUUGUAAACACAAUAAAAAAAAAGUUCAGAUUUUAAUUUUCGGUGCAUUUUCUGCGAAUGUUAAAUUAAUCUUUAGCUCAUCACCAAAAACGAGACAAGAUUAUUGUUAGUAUUAAUGCAAUGCAUGUGUUUCAUUCGAUAAUCACUGUGAUUAAUUAUUUAAUCGAUGCCCCAUAUCGAUUUCCAUUCCAUUGGAUUCUCUUAUUAUGCAAGCUCGUUUCCAGUUGGUUGUUUGUUUGUUUUAUUCGUUGUGUAUACGAAUGUUUUUUCUCUCUCUCUGUCUCGCAUACUUCUCACUGGAACACCGAACAGGUGAACAAACGAGAAGUGAAUGCAUGAUAAAUAUUGAAACAGAGUUCACGUCCAAUUACCUCCGUACACGUUCUUUUGUUUAUUGUUUAUCGAAGAUAAAUACAUGAGCCCCAUAUUACAUGUUCUUUCUUAAUCGACAGAUUUCAUACGAAAAACAAUAGCAUUCAUAUCUCUUCCGAAUAUUAAAUUGUCGGAUCGAAACAUGUGACGUUUUCGGGAGAAAAGAACUCUUCGCGUAAAAAUCGGAUUUUCAUGUUUCUUUUCAAUGAUUUCAUUUUACGAGAGCAAAUGAAUAAAAUUGCAUUCGCAUGUGCAUCUGAACAAAGAAGAGAGUCACAUAUGCACGGUCAUCGCGCUGACUCUUGUGCUGUUUAUUUGACAUUAAUUGCCCCCGACAUUUAUGGAAUGUUCGCAGUGUAAAUGUGGAAAAGUCAUUUGAGUUUAAGGAACCGCGCAGUUUGAGUCAGAUAUUUUGUGUUUUUGCCUCUUGCCACGCGUAUUCCAUAACGUCGUUGUUUUUCCCAUUUUCCUGUGUGGCUGCCGUGAAAUUUUCCAUUUUGCGUCGUACAUUUGUUCAUUUCGGUUGAUUCAUAAUGUUUCAGACUACGUAUCACUUCUACGUAUUCAUGUGGACUUUUAAUUGCAGCAGAGAGUUCAAUGUGUUUUUUAAACGAUGACUUGUUUUCUGCGCUGCUUUUCAUCUCAAACCAGCCAGCCAGCCCGCUAGCCAAUCAUUUCAGUUGGACAAGAGCCAAUUAGUGGAAUAAAACAACGACACGUUUUUUGUUUUUUGUUUCCAACGAACAAAAGUCACAUGCGAUGCGAACGAUCUGUUAUGUGGAAAAUUUUAGCUUUUCUAAUUUGUUUUGAUUGCGUCUCAAACGAAAUUUGGUCAAAAAUUUUCAAUCAUUCGCACCAAUAUUGUGGUAUUUAUGGCUAUGUCGAUUUUCCAAAAGCCUUUGUCGCGUGACAAAAAUAGUUCAUAUGCGCAUUGCGAAAUUUGAAUUUCCCAUUGGGUCAUUAUGAAAAUUCCGUCUAAUUGCCUUUUUACUUUCGAUGUGAAUUUUUCGAUUUUACAUUGAAGCGAACAAAAGAGCAUCCUUGAGCCGGUGCCGUUACGAUACGGCGUGCGCGCUUCGAUUUCAAGGAAAUUGCUUAUCAGUUGACCACUUCCAUUCAACACCGUGAUCUCCCAUCGCAGUAUUCAACAAUGCACCACUAGAUAGUAAUGAGAAGAAGUAGAAACAAAACCCCGGCUCCACUUUUCGAUGACUGCAGUCAACCAAAAAACGCUUUUUAAUUGAAUAAUCGGUGAAUCGAUAUUGAAAACAUCGACACAGUGUUCCAUGCAUACUAUUUGCACAACGAAUAAAAACGGAAUUUAAAUCAAAGUUAAACAAAAGAGAAAUAAAACAACAACACCAUGUUGGCCGGAGAACCAGCAACGAAUUAUGGAAAUUUUGUUUACAUGCAUGUUCAUGUCGGGUUUUUUUUGUGUGUUCGCUUUUCUUUUCUCUAUUUUGGUUCGCAGUGCAUGUUUUUCAUUCGUUUGUUUCGCAAACUAUUACACUCAUAAAUCCAAAGACGUACAAAACAAAGAGCAAAUUGUGAAAUUUCAUCGAUGCAUAUCCUAUAAAUCCGUUCUUGUUUUAUGUUUAAUUUUCAUUGCACACAAAGUUCCCCAAGUGCGCUAGUUUACUGCGAUGAAUAUAAGACCAUACAAGAUAUCUGAUUGCUCGCAUUACGCAUUUUCUGUGAAUAUAAUUAUAGAUGAUUAAAAUUCGUUUUGGUUGACCUUCACUUUCUCCGUGACGCCGUAUCUCGCAAGCGAACAUUUCUAUUAUCAGCGUAUCCAAUUUUAGGGUCGAAAACAACCGAAACAUGGUGCAAUUUAUGUAAUAUACAUGUACAUAUGUAUAUCUAUGUUAUGCGUAGAAUCUGCCGUUCUGAAUCAUUGAUUCUAACUCAUCGCAAUUGUUGCACGUCACAUUCAGAAAGAAAGAAAAAGGAAAGUAUUAAAAUCUACCGAUGACGGUAAGCCUUACCAUCUCACACAUGAAGUUGAAGGAGAAUUAAUCCCUUUCUAUGCCACCAGCACACGUCUGAGAUUCAUUAAUCAUUCUGCUUUGGAUCGGAUUUACGGCGAAAAAUCUGGAGCAAAAUUUACCCGCCGACACGCAUCCGUUGUCUGUGAUAAAUGAUCUAGCAAGCACGUAUUGCACGGUAUCAACAUAAGUGCAUUAUCCGUAACUGAUUUCUACUUCGCGAGAAUGAACAUUUUGGGCUCAUUUAAGAUUAAAAAGUUUUCCAAUUAGUUUUUUCCAUUCAACACAUUUUGUCCUGAGCCAAGGUCAUGCAUAUGUUUGAAGCUAUUUAAACGGCGUACACAAUUUAAAAAUUCAAUUGAUUUAUGUUUGAUGCUGUACGUUCACACCUGAAGCUAUUUUUUGUUGACGUUUCCGCAUUGAAUAUAUACCAAAUUGUCUGUCUCUUUAAAUUCACGUCGCUGUGUGACGACGUCGACUGCAGGCGCGAUGUAUGACGAACACGUGGAGCAUGUGCGCACACAACAUCGCUCGCCAAAUGCGUCGUCCGUAAGCGGUGCGCGUGAGAUAAAUAAACAAUAAAGCUUAUUCCAAUGCUAGAGCAUUGCAAUCUGAAAAUACGUAAAAAGACUUUAUUUUGUUGAAUCCAACGAUUUAACAUUGAUUCUGUUUUUUCUCUUCGAUUUCAAAAUUAAACGCAGUGAAUUGGAUAAAUUUGUUUUUGCCAUUUCAAUGAAGUUGAAAAAAAAGUGGAUUUAUUUUUGGCGCUCUUCGUCUCUGCAGAAAAUGACACAUCGAAUGAAGAGAGUGAGAAGAGAGAAAAAAAAACGUAAUACGUAAAUACUGACUUUUUGACAUUUGCUGACUAAGAAUUUUGAGACAAGAAAAACCAAACAGCAAUGAAGUCACACUACUCAGAAUAUUCUGUGAUUUGAUUUUCAUGUGUGUUUUCUUUCGAAUUGACGUCUGGUGAUCGGAUUGUCUGUUGAUUGAUAUUCUUUCGUGAUUUUUUGUCACUUGGCAUCGGAAAAUGGCCUAACAUUUACGGUUUUAAGUGUAAAUAUUCCACAGUGUGAAUGUUUUUUCGUUGUUGUUCUGUGUGACGACAAUGAUGAUAUGAUCACACAGCAGCGGCAGCGUGACUCGAACUUAUUUUUAGCCAUUUUGCGCGUGUUCAAAGGAAAAUCUGUAGAAAAAUAAGAGAAAAAAAAAACUUAAUGAUUUUCUGGGAAAAUCGAGAUCUAUCUUUGACAGUUUCUUUUUCUUUCAUCGCUUCGAACACAAUUUUUGUUGCGCACUUUACACUCAAUUGAAUAUCCAUCUAUCAAAUUCCAUAAUUUGACUUAAAUUUCUACCAUUUCCCAGCAAGUGGAUCACAUUUUAAAUCGCCAACGAAAAACCCAAUAUAAUUAUAAAAUAAAAAGGAAAUUCAAUUUUUGCUUUAAUUUAUGUGCAUUUAUUUUUGGCGAAAUGGCUAAUCAAGUGGUUCAAGUUGUAGUACGUUGUGAAACGGCCUCUGAAACCGCACAUCUGGAUCUCUCCGAGUGCCAACUAGUACAAGUACCAGAUGCAGUUUAUCAUUUGAUGCGAAAUACUGAAUUGAAAACAUGUGACUUGAGCUCAAAUGUCAUCAAGAAAAUACCGCCAAAAUUUGCCAUGAAAUUCAGUUUGAUUACAGAUUUGAAUUUGAGUUUGAAUCAACUUAAUAAAUUGCCGGAUGAAUUGGCGGAUUUAACGCAAUUGUUGCGGUUGGAUAUUUCACACAAUUUGUUCUUGUCAUUGCCAAAGGUCGUGUUCAAAAUGCCCAAACUUCGACAACUUAAAGCCAACAACAAUGCAAUAAUCGAUGUGGAAAAUGACGAAAUCAUCGCAUCGGAUUCACUUGAAUUGGUCGAUCUCCGAAAGAAUCCAUUGACACCGCAGUGCUUGGAUCGGCUACGCAACGCUCGUGUAUCAUUUCAUAUUGAAUUGCCGGAACGUAUCAAAGAAGAUUGGGAGGAUUUAGAUGUUUAAGUUCGAUAGACCAAGAUUUGUUGCAACUUCGAUACAUUGAAUCCCAUUGGAUUUUCUAUAAUGUAGUAAACGUUGAUCGUUUUUAUUAGACAUUUUUCGAUAUGAUAUGUGAUGAUUUUUACAAGCAAAACACGUUUAGCGUUUAGGUUGCAAAUGCAUCAUUAGGUUAAUAAUAAGACAACAUGAUAAGCUUCUAUUCGCAUAAAUGAUAAUCGGGUGCAUUAAGAGAGUGAGACACAAUUCGUUAAAUCCAAUUCGUUUCAUAUUAAUUGUGAUUGUCCAUCAACUUGUCAUUUGUUUUUUGUUUUUUAUUUCUCGCUCUGCCAAGUAUUUAGUACAUUAUUGUGCGUCUCUCGUUUACAUUUUUCUUUGCAAGAGUGAUUUAAGAGUUGUCGUCUACGAUUAAAUCUCGAUUGCUAUUGUAUUUUAUGAGUAUAGUGCGAGUUAUUUUAGAAUGAUGGAAUCUCUUGUCCGAAUUACUGAUUCCAUCCAUGUGAGGCUAUUUUCAGUCAAGUCAAUCAAAUCAAUCUACUUACCUCAGUGAGGUCAGCACAACGAAACUGAUUGAUUUUAUGAAGAAAAAAAAUAAUAGAUUAAGUGCUGAAAUACUCAAUUCAAAGCAAAGACUGUUUGACAUCAAGCCGAUUAUUUACGCAUAUUUUGUUUCUAACCUUAUCCUUCUGUAAAUCGUUGUUUGAGAUGCUAUGUUUUUUUUUUUAAAGAAUAACAACACGUUUUUUUUACUUUUACGCAGUGAUUAAUGAAAUGAAAAUUGAUAAAUUAAGAGUGAUAUUGAAAGUGUAUAAUAACGAAAAUUUUGAGACACACCAAUUUGAAUGAACAAAAAAUUGAUAGAUAAGUUCGAUUUAUUGUAGUAUUUAUCUUUUUAUUUUACCAUUUUGUUGUAGUUCUUACCAAAUUUUUUCUUUCUGUUGACAUCUAAAUUAUUUGUACCAAAUCGAUAAAUUUUCGUAUAAACCUGUAUCACAAAUCUGUGCUCUGCCAAUUUUGAAUAAAUAAAAAAACCAAAUGGAACUACACGAAAAAAAA